UAUCAGACGCGUUGCCGGUCAUGGGCUACGAGCCGCACUUCGGGAACGUUCCUAUAUUUGUUUUUUUCUCAUACGAUCAAAUCAACGGAAUAAUAUAAUAAAAUUACUGUCGUUAUUAGGCACACUUCCGUGCGAACACACGUUACGAUCGGACGCCGAUAGUAUCUACUCGUGUAUCAUACGAAAACGCCGCAUCCAUCGGACAAACCGCAUAUAGGACUUCGAAAAAAUAUUCAAUACUGCUGUUCGAGUUUUUGCCGGUCUAACAUUAUAUAGGUACGUAUAUUAUAUUAUGAUGAUAUAUAUGCAUGUAUAGGCGAACAAAUCGGGAUAGUACAAAUGUUUAUUGUAUUGUUCACGCCCGACUAUUAUAAUACUCCACUAGGUUUUUUUAUUUCUAUAUAUAAACGCAUAAAACGUAUUUGCAUUUUUAAAUUAAUAUCAUCACGCGUCACAAUUUACCUGUAAUCAAUAAUUAUCAAGCACACGUUUCCAGUAUGUAUAGGAUAGAUAACUUAAAGUCUGUAAAAUUUUACUCAUUAUUUUGGCUCGCUCCAUAAUGAUGGAAUAAUAAUAAAAAUCAAAAUAACGUAAAACGCUCAUUGUCUCGGAAAUUAUUAACUUUUUUCAAUGAUCUUUUUUAAACGGUUUAAACUUUGAAAUGUUACGUUAGAUAACGUUAUUUUUUGGGAAUGAAACCACUACUCUGCACUUUUGAUUUUCGAAUAGCUACUAAAUUUUCAAAUGCCAUGAACAGAUAACGUUUUAUUUUAAACACAUUUCUGUGUUGACAUUUUUAAUUUCCGUGAACCCGUUUUCGAGAUAUUUCACUAUCCAUGUGGUGGGAGAGCGGUGAAUCAUUAUUUGUGUAGCCGCGCGGUCCGUGGCGUUAGAAUAAUUCUCUCUCCCAAUCUCCAAUUUAUCAUAAUAAUAAGCGAAAUAUACUCACCUACGCAUCAAGUUCGAAAUGAACGCCUGUGUCUGCCAAAAUCUUUCUUUCUACCGUCCGUCUGUAUGACUGAAUAGGCAGGUACGACGUGCCAAAGCUAGGCAGUAACUAGUUACAAAGAAUUUACAAAUAUGAGUAACUUUGUAGUUUACAAUUUACAUUUUUUUCAUUGAUAACUUGUAACUUAAUGUGUUGCUUUUGCAGUUAGUUUUUCAUUAAUAAUUUAAUAACUCGUUAAUUAUUUCUCCGUCAUAAAAAUUUACCUACCAUUUUUAUAAUAACAUCAUAAAAAUAAUUAUCCUACAUAUAUCUAAAUAUCGAAUAAUGAUAAUAAUAUUAUCAUUUAUUAACAAUAUGGUUGAUAGUUAAUGUUUUCGAUAGAUGCAUAAUACUAGAUAGCUAAUUGACAUUUUCAUAUGAUGCCAGUCGCCAUAUGCGUGGUGGUCAAUGUUUUCAAUGUUUCAAUAUUCUUAUCAAUACAGCUUGAUAAUAAUAUGAUAUUGCGCUUGGUGUUUGUUUUGGCAUCACUCAUUUAUUAAUAUCACUAUAAUUAGUUCUUAAUUCUAUUCAUGAUUUCCCGAUCGAUUUCAUAACAGUAUUAAAAUGUAAUUAAUUUAUAGCAUGGACUUUUUUGGAGUCUAUUGAGGAAAAAUGGAAUGAAGGUGUUAUGUUUUAUUUAAAUAUUUAUAAUACUAUGUAACAUAAUAAAAAUAUACCACAGCACGCUCAAGAAGAACAAAAUCAAGUAAAUAAAAUUAUAACAAUCGUGAUUAUAAAAUGUGAACAUUGAUUACCGCAUAUAUGGAGGCUGGCGUCAACGUUUAAUAUUUCGAUGUACUCGAAUAACAAAUUAGCUAUCUAGUAGGUAUUCUAUAUCUAAAAUAUUUUCCAAAACAAAUUUCAUUAUCAGUGAUCAUUUAUCAACAUUUAAUCAUAAAUAAUAAAGAAAUAGUACCAGAUACGGUUUAUAAGACGAAUAAAAUAAACGGUUCAGUACCUCCCUACUUGGAAUAAACGAUACAGUUACCCUACUAAAGAAUACAGACGGCCAACAGAAGCCUAGAUAUAAGGGGUGGUGGAUGAAUCUACUUUUGCUUAAAAUAUUUUUCUUUUGGUCUAGAUAAAAUAAUAUAAAUAUUAAGACGAGAAAGAUUACUAAUAAAAAUAUUCGAUUUUAAAAUUAUGUUAAUUUCGGAGAAAACCGGGUAGGCCCGGACUUACCAAGCCUGCACGCUGGCUACGCCAUUGGCUAACAGUGAUUUUUAGCAGUAACUGUUGUUAGGUAUACUUAAUGAAUGCUGCUACUAUAGCUGAUGACUACUAUCAAAUUGAGAAAAUGUUCAAAUAUAAUAUACUUGUAUUAUAUUAUUAUGUCUACGUUAAUCAUUUAAACCAAGGUAUAUAUUUUGAAACAGUUGGUCAUAUUUAAUAAGUUACGUAGCUAUGUCGUUUAUUCUGGGUAGGCAGGUACUGAUGAGACCCGUUUAUUCUAUAAGUGAUGUAAACCGGUUUGUUUUACUGUCUGAUAGAAGAGGUUAAACAUCGAGAUAAAGAAACAAUACUGAAGCGCGUACACUGAUACUGAAAACGAGGCAUGUUUUAAGACACUUCCUCCACCACUGCAAGGCAAGAUGAUAUACUGUCACAUCAGUUUACAUAGUAAUACGCUUCGGCAUCGGCAUUUCGUUCAAAUAUAUACUAUUUUUUUUUUUAUUUUUUUUUUGUGUUGAAUUUGUAUUUGUUUUCCCUUUCCUACAUUACCGAUUUACCGGCGUGUGUAUGUAUACUUAUUAUUAACAGACAUCGAGAGACAGAUAAAAAAUAUUUUAUUAUUGUACAGUAUUGUUUACAUGUCUUGAUGUUAACAGAUAUAUUUUUAAAAAAUGACCACCUAUUAGAAUAUUGUACUUUAAUAUUUUGAAUUAAUUAUUUAUUAUUUUUUGAUAAUAGGUAGGUAACUUAAUUACAGUACGCCGGUUUUUAUGUUAUGUUUUAGAAUAUUACUGUAUUUACUAUGAGAAAUGAUAAAUUGUAUUUUAUAAACUCUUAGGUAUUGGUAUCUAUUCUUUAAUGUUUAUAAAAUAAUCACUACUUUUAUUUUUAAAGAAUGACUGAAGCAGUAUUUAAAUUAUUUAUCUAUAUAUGAUCAAUCAAUAGUUACAUAUUAAAACGAUUUCGAAUACCUUUAAAAAAAAAAUGGACAUCAUUUACGGCAAAAAAGUAAAAUAUAAUACAUUUUUAUUAUAACGGAUAUUAAUUUCAUGUCAAUUCUUUUUUAACUAAUAAUAUUAAGAGAUGGGCAUGCAAAAAAAGGAAUGUGUAAAUCUUUUUUACUUGAAAAUUCAAUCAUUUGGUCUAAGUAAAAAUUUUAAAAUUUUAAAUCGUAAAAUCAAAAAAUAAGAGUAUUUCUUAAGAGAAAAGUUUUUAACAGAAUCUAAAAUUAAAAAAUUUAAUAAAACGCGUACGCAACUCAACUCAGUCUCUAAAAAACCGCGUGCUCGACCUAUACAAUAAUUUCCUCACGCAAUUCGGAAAAACCAUCACACCUCGUAGAUAUAAAACACCUUACUUUAAGAAACCCUUGGAAUAACUAUAUCCGUCCCUCUUGGAACACUGAUAAGGUUGCUGUUAAUGGAUAGCUUAACCAUAUCUUUAUUAUUUAUGCAUCUAAUACGGUAUACUGAUAUUAAAAUGUUAUACAGUAUCUGUGAAUUUCGCAGUAUUGUAUGCAACACACUUUAAUCUAACCUUAAAUACUGUCUGUAUGCUUAUAUAUAGGUACAUAUUUCGUGUUUUAUGUAUUGAACAGGUGUAAAGUGCUCAUACAUAUUCAACUAAUAUAGUAUCCAUUAAAUUAUUUAUUUUUCCAGUGAGUAACUUGUAAUUUAAUUUAAGUUAUUAAAUAAAGAAAAAUAGCUGUAAAUUACUUAUUACUAAAAUUGAGUAACUUUCUCAGCUUACCUAUAUCACUGGCAAACUGAGAUUAUAGCAUUGCACUUUUUUUUCAUAUUUUUAGAUUGCCGUACGUCAACAGCAUCCGCAGUCGAACGUCACGUUCGCGUCACAUUGGACCGCAUCUGAAUUCACCACAAUGGAGGUAAGUGACACUGAAAUGGAUGUAAACAUCAAACCAAUUAUCAUAUCACGUAAUAUUUAACUCGAUUAAUAAAUAACCGCAGUCAAUACGAGUCAUUGUAAUAUAGUAACAAAUAGUCAUAAUAUUGUUUAUACAAUGAAAUUUAGGAUGCCGGAAGUAAACAAGUUAAACAAAUUAAAUGAUUUAAUUACGAACUAAAUAUUGGUUUUACAACGACUUAAUAAAUAGGAAGUUCAUUUUUAACGAUGACAUGCUAAUUCAAUUUCAAUCCUUUUUAUAGUUUUUAACUCAGAAUUAAAUGUAUAAUCUAUAUACACUACCUAUUUGAAUAGAAGAAUAAAGAAGAUAAAAGGUAUUCAAUUUCAAUAGUGGUUAAGGAAAUAAAUAUAGUUAUCAAAUUGAUAUAAUAUUCUGUGGAGUUGGUCACACUUAUUGUACAUAGUUUUAAAACGGUAUUGAUUUUGUAUCGUGUUUUUCUUGCUUUUGUUUUAAUGGUCAUGAAUAUAUUAAAGAUACUUAAUUAAAUAAAUUGAUCUUCUUUUAAUUAUUAGUAAGUAGAAUUAUUGCGUGUUUUCAAUUAGAAUAAUGGAGUACAAAAAAGUGACUAGGAAAAUGCGAUUAACGUGAGUACAAAUAAAGUAAAAUCACCCGGAUCACAAAGAAUAAUAAAAAAGCAAAAUAUGUAAAUUCGGAAGUAUAAAGAACUCAAGCUACAAGAGAAAAAUUUAGAGACUUGAGUAGAAAUAUGAUAUAUGCUGAUAAAUAAAAGAAGUGAAAGUUAAGUAGUUUUAUUUUUAAGUUGAAUUGAAAGUAAUGAUUAUAAAGUACUAAAAUCUUUCUUUAAUCCAAUUAGGGGUGGAUCCAGGACAAGAUCACUGGGGGGGGAGGCUAUUUUGAAAAUUUAUAUAAGAUACGCAUUUAUGACGAGCUCAAUGAUGAAUUAAGCUAAGUGUAUAUUUGAAAGUUAACGGUGGGGUGAUCGCUCCAAUUGCGCCCCUGGAUCUACCACUGACUCCAAUUUUAUCCAAAGAUGUGGAGUAUGAGCAGUUAGUAGGCGAUACGAACAAUUAUUAUCCGAAUUAUUAGCCUAAUGUCUUAAUUCAUGCAGAACAGUUGAAAUUCUACAUGAAGAUAAUGAAACUAUUUCAAAAUAACAACGGAAAUUAUCAAUUUUAUGUUACUUUGAAAAUAAUUUGGAGGAAGUGUAACAGGACCAUAUAGUUUAUGGUGUCAUAUAAAAUCAUUAAACACGUAUCAUAACAAAACGGAAUAAUACAAUAGCUGUUACGGUAUAACUUGUCAUUUUUAAAACCAACAUUAAAAUAUAGAAAACAUUUACAAAUUUUUUUUUACAUAAAUUAAUCGUUUUGCAUUUUUAAACAUCUUCAUGUUUUAAAAGAUUCCACGAAUAAGAAUAUUGAUCACUAAGUUAAUCGAGAUAAUAGCAUGUUGUUCAAUGAUAAACGCUAUUCUACUACCGGCGUAUCGCGUACAAAUUAUCGGAGCACGCCGUUUUUCGUAGUUCUUGGAAUCUCUGUGUAACAUAACAAUGUGUUUUAUAUUGAAAGCAUUAAAAAAAAAAAAUAGGUAUCUAUAUUAUUGUCUAACCCGGCGGCUUCCAACCCACUUGUGGGCCGUGGGUAACGUGGUACUGAGCCACGGACGCUAGUCGAGGUUUAAAGCCAAAGGUCGGCACAAAUUGUAUAUUAUUUAUAUUAUUAUAUAAUAUUAAACGUCUAUCGAGAUUCAAUAAUAAUCCCACAAUGAUCGCUAUCGUAAAAUUAUUGAUUAUCGUUUUCUUAUCUAAUAUUCUAAAUAAUAUCUAUUUCACAGACACGGUUAAUAAAUACAUCUGUUACUGGAGUAUACUCGUAUAUCUAUUAACCGUGGCACACAAGUACCUAGAAUGUUGGUGCUCUCGUACGAUACGAUUUUUUUUUUCUUAUUUCAUUUUGGACGCUUAUGUCUUCCACCGGUUGCUAUAAUAUGCCUAAUUAAUCUCGAUAUUAUAAUAUGUAUAAUAUUAACACUUCCGUGGAAAAAAACAAUGUCAAAAAUCAUUAAUUUUAAUUUUAACCACUUAUUUAUUGUUUGAAUACAAUGAUAUAAACUUCUUUUUCUUGUGAAUAAUUUUUUUUUAAUUUUUGUUGUACGUGUUUAGAGUAUGUGUUCCUUAUUACUGAUAUAUGUGCAGUCUGAGAACCGUUGGAUUACACUAUUGUCGACCAUCCAGACAUAAUCUGUCCACUGCAGUCUUGCGCUUCUUAUACAUUUAUUAAACUAUACUUUAUUUUCCAUAUAAUCAUUAGGUUAGGUAAACAGCUGAAUUAUUUAAUCUUCUCUCCCACAUUUUAGUGUCUAGAGUUAUUAUAGCUCGGGUACAACACGCUGGUGUCACCGUUUUCCGCCAAAAUCAUUCAGAAUCAUCAUAUCUGUCAUUUCCGACACAGGUCAUAUUAAUUUCCGCCAAAAAUAAGAUUUUUUUGUUUUAAUAUAUGUAUUACAUAUAUCAUUAUAUUAUUUUAGAUACUCUUGAGAACCUCUGAACCUAAAUCCCUCAAAUCGUACGAUGUACGCACCUCACCUUGUAUCAUAGACAUUUUUUUGGAGGCUGUUCAGUUGUAUAUUAUCACAUAUUGUAUAAUAAACCAUUUUAAGAUAUAAUAUAUUCAAAACAGUAAUUUAAGAUUUUCUGACAUUUAUGGUGGGAGGAUUCUGCAGUUCACUCAGCACCCUUAGAUUUAUUUAAUAAAAAAAAUAGUUUACAUUGUUUCGUCAAAACGGUUCUCCAAAUGAAUCGUGUACAGAUUGUAUGAAAGUAAAUAAACACGAGAUAUAAUGCAGGUGAGGAUACAAGGGGAGAGGGUCAUGGGAGCGUUGCCCUCUUCAAAUGUCACGAUAAAAAUACUAAAUUAUUAUACUAAUAUGUCAAGCAACGAUAACAAUCAAAUAUUUUUUUUUUUUUAGGUUAGGCUGUUAUUUUUAGUUUUUAUAUACAUUUAAUAAUAAUAAAUGCAUUGUUUUGCGGACAGUUCUAUUUAUAAUUCAGUAAUUUUUAUAAUUGUACCGACUUACGACGUAACCGAUAUCGGGCGUGGUCUCAUAUCGUAAUCGCCCGCAUUUGUAGGUCAACUGUUAUAAAUAUUUUUAUUCGGUAUCAUUUUAAUCAGUUUAUUUUAUUUUCAUUAUAUUUAUAAUGAUUCAGUUAGAGAAUGUUUUGUCAUGUUUGUCGAUGCUUUUGAUGAAGUUUCGGUUAUACAAGAGGAACCUGAAGAUAACAAGGAAAGUGAAAUAAAUUAUGAAAAAAAAAAAAGAAAUUUCAAUAACUGGAUAAUUAUUAGGUGAAAUUAUUAUCAAGCGAAUAAAUAGUAUCGGUCUUGAUUUGAAAAAAAUGUGUAGGUGUGGGAACUAAUGGAUGUAGCGUAAUGGUUUACGAACUUCGUGGAGCUGUUAGUAAAAUCAUUAAAGUAGCAUCUAAUGCCCGCAGGUGCCCUUGUUAUUCAUUCGCUAAAUAAUUUUAUAUCACAAUAUUCACAUGUCAAAAAUAUCAGAGAUCUUUGUUGUUGAAAAUUAUUGUUCACUUUGUUGUCUCUCUUAUAUGCUUAACUAAUUUCCACUAAGUAAAUGUUUUCAAAAAAAACCUAUUAAUUUACACGUAGCAGCCAAUAUACUGAAAUAUAUACAAAAAUAUUUGUCAGAAUGCCGAGAAAAUGUUUCUGCUCGGUUUACAGACAUUUAUAAAUCGUCUAAGAAUAUGGCUACAACUCAAAAAGUUGAUUUGAAAAUUCCAAGAAAUUGUUCAAGACAAACGAAUCGUGCAUAUUAUCCAACCAAUAAUACAAAAGAAUAUUAUAAAUUAGCCUUAAUUAUUCCAUUAUUAGAUUAUGUCAUAAAUGAUUUAAAAGCACGUUUUUCACAAAAAACACUUGAAUGCUUUAAUCUUUCAUAUAUACUUCCUGACAAAAUUAUAAAUGAAAAUACAACUUCAUAUUCAUUAAAUAAAUCAGACAUUAUCAUUUAAGCAUUAGCAGACGAUUUUAAAGUACUUCUUUCAAAUGAAAAAGACAUGGUAUUUACUUUAUUAGUUUGCGAGUAUAGAUUAUGAAAACAAAAAUGGAACCAUGAAUAACUUGAAAACAUUUCGGUAAAUUCCGUGUGUUACGAAAAUACUUGCGAAUUUUGACGAAGAAAUAUUUCUGUUAAUUAAUCGUCUUUUGACCAUUUUGACAACUCUUUCAAUAAGCAAUACAAGUGCUGAAAGAACGUUUUUCACACUACCAAGACUCAAAACAUGGCUGAGAUCAACUAUGUCAGAGACUACAUUAACAGAACUUGGUAUUUUAAAUAUUCAUCGUGAUAUUGACGUAGAUGUCACUAAAGUUAUUGACAGGUUUUCAAAAACCAAAAUAAAAUUAGAUUUUGCUUUAUAAUUUAUAUUUUAAUUAAUAAUUAAUAUUUUUUAAUUGUUUUGACAAUUUACUUAAAAACCUUACCUAGUUUUUUUUUAAGUUUUUAGUUGAAAGUUGAUUUCUUUACAAUGUUAAGAAAUAUUAAUGGCAAUACUCGUAAUAUUUAAAAUUAUUAAAUUUUAUAUAUUAUAUUAUGUCCACAAUAUAAAAUGCCUCCCCCCUGUAAUAAUUAUUUUGGAUCCACGCCAAAUAAUAUAAAUUCUCAAAACAUUUUUAAAAUAAUGAAUUAAUUUUUUUUUUUUUUUUUUUGUAGUAAUCGGAUAUAACCUUGGUAGAAAACUGAUCAUAACAAUCAUAACGGUUAAGGGUCAAUUUGACGCAAAACCCUCAACACGCAUACCAUUUGCCAUAAUUAUUAAUAAUAACAUUACUAUAAAUUGUAUUAUAGCGUGGCAGUGGGAGGGCAAGGAGACAUUCCCCCUUGUCAUCAGCGAGCCUCUAUAUGGCUGGGAAUGAGCUGGUGUCCGGCUAAUUUUGGGCUGCAAGCCUGCAAACUUGAAUCGUGUUAUUUUGUUAUAUGAUUUAUGUUAUACAUAGGGCCACUCUGAGCUACAUUUUUUUUUUUUGGUUCGCUUGUAAACAAAUCACUUAUAGAUUCUGUGCUGAGCAAGGAAUGUAUUGGUUUUACAAUGAUGUUUAUUUUUUUUUUCUGUGAACAACUUUUAUACCAGAAAUUUUGCUCUGAUUUCCAAGUGUAACCCCUUUUCUGAAUUGGAAUUCAGGAGUGCUACUUUAAGAAAAUCAUUUUUUUGAUUUUCCGAGGUAUUUUUUUAAUAAAUGCGAAAAAAACGGGGAAAAAAUGUAGGAAAAACGGGAAGAAAAUAAAAUAAAUGGGUUAUUAUGUCUAUAAUAGUAAGUAGUAAAUUAUAUAAUGUAGCUAUUUGAGAUAAUAAUGUAAUUGUGACGAAUAAGUUAGUGAGAUGUUUUUUUUUUCAGUUUUAUUAUGAACCGGUCAAAACUUUGUCCCUCCUUUCCAAAACUGAACUGACACUAUUGUAGCAUGGUGAUAGUUUUCUACAGUCAUAUUUUGAUAAAUGAAUAUGUAACUUAAUAUGUUUUGGGUUAUCGAAAAAUUUCAACGAAUUACAUUUAAAUUUAAACAUAUUUUUAAAUGAUACAUUUUUAAGACGAUAAUAAUAAUCUACAUAAUACGCUACUAACUAUAGAUCCAAUAUUUCACGAGAAUAUUCCUAUGAAGUCUUUGAACGACAACACUCGUACAUGGACGAAAAAAAUAAUAAUAUCAGAAUGAAAAAAAGAAAAAUUACCUCCGUUACCGCUGCCGCCGUUCGGUUAAAAAUACUUACAAUUCACGGAUAAAUGACAAUGUUACCUAUAUUAUUAAGUAUGAUCACGCCGAGCGUACUCUGUUCAACCUAAACGGGAUUCCUGGCUGUCAGUAUUUGGCUGCUAUCGGCUCAGUCGAAUACUAAGAAAAUUCGUGAGUAGUAUUAAUAUUUUAGGUAUAUUUGCCACGUGCAUGUACGAUAAACACAAAACAUAGUAAAGAUAAUCGUUUUACGAAAAUAUUUGUUUAUUAUUAUUACACCAAGACUUAUAGAAAUAUUGUGUACAUAUUUUUCUCAUUGUCGUUUGCUUUAAGUCCGCAUUGUCGUAGAGCAGCAAGUAUAAUAUUUUUUAACAUUAUCAGUAGGUAUUCAACUGGUGACGGUGUCGGUACCUAUAUAGUUUACCAGGUGAUCCAUUUAAGUGGGUUGACUCAUUAUUUCGGAAAGUAUAAACUUUUUCCCGAAUUUGUUUUCUAUAACGUUUAAGAAACAAGCAGCUCUACAAUUUUAUAUUUGUGUUAUUUUUUGUCACCCUUAUGUUUGGGGCUAAAACCACUACCCACUUUUGAUUUGACAACCUAUAUUAAAAAUUCCAUAAACAGAUGGAAUAUUAGUUAAAAUAAAUUUCACUGUUGACAUUUUUUAUUUCCGUUAAUCCAUUGACGAGAUAUUCCACUCUUAAGUUUAAAUUGGAAGAGAGUAGCGGAGGAUCGUUUGUGUGGCGGUACGGCGCGCGACGUGUUAAUAAUGCAUCACUACUAUAUGAAAUACUAACACAUAUGAAAAACGGGACAUUUUACUGCAAUAAUCGUAGUGACCUAAAUUUUUCAUAGAUAAUUCACAUGUAUUUCACAUUACUAAUGGCUAUAAUAUUUUAUAGACGUAAGCAAAUUGUCAAAAUAUCACCAAUUUUUUUUUAAUUAUUUUUAGACAUUUACAGUUGUGUAUGGUGAAGUUUAAUGACAAUUAUAAUUUUUACGAUUUUCGUCAAAGUUUGAACUUUAAACGUGUAUAAAAAAACAACCACAUUAUACUAAUUUGUUUGCGUACCUACCAUAAGUGCAAAUUAUUAAACUUAUUAUAAUGGAUCCCGAGAAAAAUUUCCUAAAAUUUCUCUCCGGCCAAAACAUUUUAUAUCUAUAAAAUAUCUCAAAAAUACCGAAUGUCUAAAAUUAACUAAAAAUCACCAGAUUUCUUUGAAAAUUUACCUCCGUUUAAAAAAUAGGUCUAUUAUUAAUAUAAAUUACUUGUGAAUUGCCAUUAAAAUAUAUAGAUCACUAAAAUUAUUGUUUCUAUGGUUAUUUUCUUAUGCACAAAAAUAAUAGAAUUUUCUUUCAGAAAAAGUAUUACUCUAAAAAAUUGAGAAUAGGAUUGCUGAUAAAUAAGUAAAUCCGAAAAACUCAAAAAUAAUGAAACUUUAACGUCCGCAAAUAUCUCUAAUUUUCCUUUACUUUUAAAUUCUGAUUGGAGCGGACGAUGUAUUGAUUUUACAAUGACGUUAUUAUUUUUAUUUUUGUUUUUUAUUUUAUUGUUUACAAAAUUAUACUAGAAAUCUUGCUCCAAUGUAUCAAGUGUAGCACCUUUUCGGAAAGGGAAAUUUAUCCAGUUGGUACAUUUUUUAUGUGGUUUUCAUAAUAAUUGUGUAAUAUCGAAAAAAAAAAACAGGGAAAUUUACGAAAAUGAUUUUAUUAUAUUCAGUUAUGUUCUUUCGUUGUGAUUCACAAUGUUCUUAGGGACUUAAAAUUAAGACAGAAAACUUAUAUUUACCUUUUCUAGACGUAGUACCAUAUUCAGAAUAUUUGAGCCAUUGUUGAGAUAUUUAUGUAUAUUUUAAUUUUGAGAGUUUUUUACGUAAUUUCUAAUCAGAAGGUAUAUACAAUUCAAUUGAAUUAUAUUAUAAUAUUUGAAUCAAUAUUUAGACCGAACAGAAAUAUUUUUCUUCUAGUUUUCCUUAUUAUUAAGAAAAUAAAGUACAAUGGAAAUUAAUAGAAAACAUUACACACAAAUCGCCACCGGAAAUCACCGCUAAUGAUGAUAAUCAAUACAAAAUAUUUCUUGCUAAAAAGUUGUUGACAGACAAAAAAAAAAAUUUUUAAAAAUCAUAUUAGUAUAAUAAGUCUACAUUACAAAGUGUGUUCUACAGUUUCGUCCAUAUGCCAAUGUUAAUUUUGUCAGUAUUCAUUUCUUUUUUUCAAUCGAGUUUCGUGUGAAGAGAACAUAUAUGAAGAAAAAAAUUAAAUUUUUAUUUUCAUCUCUUAAUUAUUUAAACAAAUAUUAUUUUAUUUUAUCAAUUUUCAAAAUUUACGAAAUAGUCACCAAUUUAUAAAAGAUAUUAUUCUAAACAUUUUAAUGUAACAUACAUUCAUAACCGAUCAAUAGUUUCUUAGUUUCGUAAUGACUAUAAUGUGUAGAAAACAGGCGUGAAAACAAUAGUUACUAAUCAAUAGAAGAUAGGGAACUGCCAUGCUGAUUGUUAUUUCUUAUCACAUAACGUGUUAUUCGAAUGAACAUUAAUUAUUUUCACGCCAAUUUUUUAGAAAUUCAAACUGCUAUCACUAAUACAUGUUUGAUCAGAUAUGAAUGUAUGUUACAUUAAAAUGUUUAGAAUAAUAUUUUUUACAAAAUUGUGAUUUUGAACAUUUUUAAAAAUGAUAAAAUGAAGUAAUUUUUUUUUUUAAUAAUUAAGGGAUGAAAGUUAAAGUUUAGAUUUUCUCUAAAUAUGUGUCCUCUCUGAAAAAAUCACAAAAAAAAAAAAUGAAUAGGUUUUAUUAUAAGCGUAAGGACCACAUUGUAGGACAUUAUGUAUUUUUCACUUUGCUCAUAAUUUCGGUAAAAUAGUUAAAACUAAACUAUUUUUAUAGAUUGUUGUGAAUCUUAUUUUUUCCAAAAAGUCAUGGAUUUAUAUGAAAUCCUGAUAACGUUUAGUAAUAAUUUUUAUGCCACGUAAUAAAAUAUGAAAUCAACUUGAUAUAUUAUGUGCCACAUAAAUAAUAUUUUAUUAUUUUUAUUUACUAUAAAAACUGUAAGGUAUUUGUUUGAAUUGUUUUUUAAAUGAUAUUAUUUUAAAAAAUGCAGAUUUAAAAGGAAACGUACACUAAACAUUUUUUAUUUUGUUUUAAACGAUUACAUAACAAAAUAAAUAAAUAUCGAUUAAAAUACGUGUACUACAAAUUUCUACAGAAAUAGCCGAAAUUACGGUGUUAGGUGAAUUACGUCCCAUUUUUUAUAAAACUAAGUGAAUUUCGUCCCUGUUAUAUAUAAUAGGUAAUUUGUUGGUUAAUUUUUUCAUUCAAUUAUUCGUCAAUCAUUUAUGUAAAAAAAAAAAAAAUUAAAAUUAUGAAAGUAUAUUAUAUAUAUAUAAUAAACAUUUAAAUAAAACGAAUUUGACCUAUUUGAAUCUGAUCAAUAAUUUAUUAUUAUAUUCAAUCAUUUUUUCUCGAAUAUAAUUUUCUUUUUCGUUUUUUUUGUCCAUUAUUUCAUAUUUUUAUGUGUGUAUUUUCAGUCUGUAUAUUUUUUAGAACAUCAAUAAAGUUGUGACUAUUCGGAUGACUAGUGAUAAAUAGAUUAUUUAAUUUGAAGUGAAAUGUCUCACAAUUGUUAUUGGUUGUCAGAUUUGUCGUCGGUACAAAUUCAGCCCAGAAAUUUGGAGAGAAACUUGCAUCUGUAGUAGUAAUGCAAGUUUUUAAUAUGUAUCCUAUGAAUUUAUUAUAUAUGUAUAUAAAUAAAACAAAUUUCGGGGACGCAAUUCGCCAACUUAUAAAAAAUACCCGAGCCGCAAUUUACCUAGCUCUGUAUUAACAUUUUAUUUUUGGGACGCGAUUCACUGAACCCGGAAAUUACGAAAUGAAUGGAUCACUCUGUACACAUUGACACCGUCUCAAUGUCACGUUUUAUUUAAUAUUAAACGACAGCCAAUAUUUGUUUAAAACGUAUUUGAGUAAAAAGAAUUACAUACACAUAAAUAUAAUGAUGAUGAUGUUUUAAGAAUAUUAUUCCAUAUUUGUAAUAAUACGUAUUUAUAAUAUCUACAAAAGUAGUUGGGUAGAUAUUAUAUCAAUAUGUUUAACAUAAUAUAAAAAUCUUUUAAUUGGUUUUGUAAUCAAAAUAAUAUUUCACUAAUUUCCAAUAUUGUUUUUGAUAAACCGUUUUUUUCUCCAUCGUUAUCGAAUAGAAUAUUGUCAAACGUAUUUUAUUAUUAUCGGGAGCGGACGAAAAUAUAAUUUCAGAACAUAAACUCUGUUUGUUUAUUCGUCGAUUAACCACUAAUUAACGUUCGUUUAAAGGCGUCUCGUAGUAGUGAUCUUUGUCUGCUACUUUGUGAAUAUUUUACUGUGAAAAAUAAAUGCAACCGUUUAGUCUGCGCAUAACACAUAUAUAAAAAAAUCAAAUAAAAAUUUGGCUGUAAAUAUAAUCGACAUAGACAACGACCGUCAUACGUAUAUGAAUGUCCCACCAGCCUUCUGUAAGUACUAUUAUUUUCUAUACAGUACUUUUUAUUUCUAAUUUUUGCAAGAAAUCACAUUUAUUUAAUUGUAUUUUUCAAUAAACACUAGUUGCGCCACUGGAAAGUAGGAUAUAUAGAGUGAUUUAAUUUAUACCUGAUUAAUAAAUUAUUGCUAUACCUAUAGUUAAAUCAAGUAACAAUUUAAAAAAAAGUGGCCAAAGAGGGAGAUUGUCUUUUCACACUCCUUAAAACUACUAUCGAAUUUGGUUACAUAUGACAUUUGAUACAUUUAAGGUACAUCGGGUCGGAUAAACAUGUUCAGUGAAAAUAGUUUUUACCUCGUGGGAAUUAUCGAAAUUUAAUAGAAUUAAAUAUUUAAAGUAUUUCAGUUAUUUUAUACGUUUCAGAUUAGCUUGAAGGCAAAUAUCACAGCAUUGGUGAUAGUGCUGCUUUGUGCGGUGGUGAAAACUAUAAGAGAAACACCGGUCAUCGAGAGCGAGCUCAAGACCGAAAUCAGAUGUCAUAAACAAUGCAUUUGUACGGCCUACGAAUUGCUUUGUCCCGGAGCCAAUAUCACCGAAGUCCUAAAUUACGGCCUAAAUAUGCAGGUAAAUGUCGAGUUUACUAUAAAUGUUCCAUAAAAAUCAUUAAAAAUUUCAGAUACAUCUUACAUACUUAAUUAUUCAAAUUAGAAAUAAGAACGAAUAUUGAUCGUAACAUAAAAAAAGAAAAAAGUUGUCAAUGUUAAUUAUUCAGAAUAUUCUGAGAAUAAACUAGAAUAUAACUAACUAUGUAUCAGGUACUAAUAAAUAUAAGGUUAAAAAACUGCGUUAAAGUAAUUUCCUCACCGCAAAACAAAGGGAAUCAAAAAAAAAAAUUACGAUUCUAUUGAAGUUUCAUAAAAAUUAAAAAAAAACAACCAAUUGCAUUAAUAGUUCAUCUAUUUUUUUUUUUUACCAAUAACAACAACCUAUAAUGAGCCCCUCAUUUUAAAUUUCCAAGCAUUUCUGUUCGACCAAAAUAAUUUUGUCCACAAUCUGACCUAACCAAAAAAAACGAAUAUCCCAAAAAUGUAAAAUACCUAUAAAUAUUUCAAACAUCGCUAAAAUAUUUGUAUACAUAAGUUCUGUGGUUUCAGGUCUCUACGAUUAUUUUCAACGAGAUUAAAACAAAAAAAAAAAAUGUAUCCGUCUGUGUAGUUAACUUUCCCAUUUUGCUUAAAUUGUUUCGUAGUUAUCCUAAUUAUAAAUACAAAUCAAAUCGAUGCACGAAUAAGGCAGACAUGAAGAGACGUGCUACUUAUUUGUUAUAAGUUUUUUUUUUUUUUAUUUCUCCCUUAGUAAUUAUUUCUAUUUGAACGAAUAAACGAGGCAGAAUCGAAUUGCCUCCCUGACUUAAAAAUAACAAAAACUGAAUUAGCUCCUGUUUUACCCUUUUUGCUCUUUUAUACUGGAAUUGCUGAUACAUAAUAUAUGUAUGUAUAUGUAUAUUGUAUAUUGUAUAUUAUCAAUUAUAAUAUUAUAUAUAUAUAUAUAUAUUGAUCAUAUAGGUGUCUAUUUGUUUUUAUUUUUACCUGCAUAGAUGGGCCUAAAAGUUUUAUUUUACAAAAUUGGUGAUCCGCACAACUAAAAAAGUUGGAAACCGCUACUCAAUGUGAUAAUAAAAAAUUCCUAAGUAAUUAAAAUAACCAUACGAGCAAUACUAACAGAAAACAACGAGUAAAAAUUGUAUGAGACCUAAAAUUUAAUUGGAUACGAUAUAAGUAUGGAAUGUUAGGCAAUAAGUUUAGAUUCUCUCGCUUUGAUACGAGUAACCGUCUUACAUUAAUACGAUCCGUCAUCAUAUGACUGUCACAUAAUAUAGCAUAAUCCUCAUAAUAUUACUAUUAGCAUUAUUUCAUACAAAAAGCGUUUAUUAAUGAUCGUGUUUUUAUUGGGACGUUUUUCCAAAUUAAUUGUUUUGUUGACUAACCAAGUACAAUUGAUUGUAAAAGAUUCCGGAUCUUUCGAGCUGUCAAAAAAUAAAAUUAGUUUUCGGGAAAAAUAUUGGAAUUUUUUAAAAAAUGUUUCAAAUAAUGUACCAUCUACUCUAAAUGAAUUUUCACGUUAGUUCAAGAUGAUGACGAUAAAAAUAUAAAACUUAAUUUAAUACAGUGACAAUAAGAUAACCUCAUGGUUAACUGGGUGUAAACAACGUAAUCGAUUUAAUAAUAUUCGACUAAACAUAUUAAAUUGUAUAUAAUAUGGGUGGCCAACAUUAGUAUGCUCGUGAGUCUCGUUAAUAUGUUUGCGAGCGAAAUUAAUAAGUACAUUCUCUAAUGAUAUCUUUUAUGAGCCAAAAUGCUUAUAAAUGCAACUUAUUAUUUUGUAUUAAUUGAUCUAAUAUAUACUUUUUUACCAAUUUUUGUCAACUUCUAGAACCGAUCAGAGUUUUUUAACAGAAAGCAUUAACAUUUUUCUCAAUUUUCAAAUGCUAAUUAGCUAGGAGAGAUGUUACUUUCCAUCGAUAUCAUGCAACGUUUAGCAAUUUUAAUGUGCCUUUUCAAGGUCAAAAUUAAUUAGUUAAUUAACUAAGGGACUUAGAACAAACAAUAAUUAAUUGUUAAAAUAAACUUUUUGUAAUAGAUUUAAAAUUACAUAACUUUAAUCACUUUUCACAUUUGGAAAAAAUAUAACAGUGCCAAAAAAUCAGAAACACAAGUAAAAUAUCGUUCAAAGUUAACUAAUUAAUUCUCACAGAAUUCAUCAGAACUGCUCUUAUAUCAAUAGAACCAGAUCUUAAGAAGCUUGCGAAAAAAGUUCCACACAAAACAAUUUAACUUAACGUUUAUAUUUUAUUCAUUAUUUAUAUUUACUUAUACGAGUAAUAUGAUCUUGUUUAUUUAUCUGCAAUCUGUAGUUUUUAGACAAUAAAAACGCAUAUUUUUUUUUAUUAAAUGUAUACCAGGCAACUAAAUUCAUAAUAAUAACGAUAAUAAGUAAACUUUGGUUUUUGUGAAUAAGACGUGAACAAUAAGUUGGCCACCCCUGGUAUAUAUAUAUAGAUAUAAUAAUAUCGAUAAACAACCAAUGAAAUUUAAUAUAAUAUGACAUGCGUAAAUAUUUUUUUUAUCGUAUUAAUUAAAAACAAUUAUAAUAUUUUAUAGUAAAGUAUAACCGAAUAUCACAUUAGCGUUAUAAUAAAAUAACACUUAAUUAUAAAAAGGAAGAUAGUAAUUCUAACUAUGUUAUUAGGUUCAAAAUCAAAUAAUCCUGAAAUAUUUUAAUCAGGCGUUUUGUUUAGAAUUCUGUUCCGUUCCGUUACAUUUUUCGAAAAUUUGCCAGAGCAGUUUUCUAGGAGGUGAUUUCUUUGAUUUUCCAAGUGAUUUUCAUAGCAAUUUUAAAAAAUCAGGAUAAACGUAGAAAAGAUAACACUAUUUACGAAAAUAAUGUUUUUAUUGUUUUCAAUUUUGUUUUUUUUUAUUAUUGUAAUUUAGAGAAAAAUAUUUGUAGGUACUUGGUACAUUUUAACAAAAACCUUACAUUUUUCUUUUAUAGGCAUCGUAAAAUUUUCAAAACAUUCAAGAUAUAUAAUUAAUCUAUUUAUAAACAUUUUAACUUUGUGAGUUUUUUACGUAAAAUGUAUUCGAUAGGUAAUCUUUGGAUAAAAUUCUUAUACCAAACAAAAAUGCUUGAACAUUAAAAAUAAGAGGUUCAUUUUAAGUCGUGCUUAGUGUAAAUCAAGAAAAAGUUGAGUUUACUAUAAUAUUUUGAAGAAAAUCGUAAAUAUUAAGUUAGUAAAGAUUAAUCGCUGCAUACAAAUAUACAUUAAUUUCCCCUCUAUAUCUUACCUGCCCAACUUUAAUUUAUAUCUGUACACAACGAUAAAUCAUUGCUCUCAAAAAACGAUUCGAAGCAAUGUACGGUAUAAAAUAUUUUGAAAUGCCGUAAUUUUUACGAUUUUCAUUAAAAUUAGAUCUUAAAACGCUUAUAAAAAAAAUGCAUUAAACUCAUAUUUGUUUCUCAGAUCACUAUUAAGUACAAAUUAUAGAGUACCUUGUGUAAGUUUUCAAGCAUUUUUCUACCUAUCAAAUAAAAAUACACGUUAUGAAAACACUAAAAAUAUUAAAUAUCUAUAAAUAGCCCAAAAACAGCUAGAAUAUUAUAAAUAUUUUAUCACGUCUAUAAAAUGGCAAUAUAAAUACUUUGUGAAAACUACAAAAAUUUUUAACUAAAUAACAAGAAAAAAAAAAAAAUUCCGUACACUUUGCUGUAUUGUCUAAGUUUUUUCUCGGAUAUUCGUAUACAUUAGGAAAAUUGUACGACUUUCUUACUCACAAACUAGACAAUAUUUUCUUUCAUAAAUAUGCUAUUCUUGAAUUUUAGACAAAAAUAUCCGGUAGAAAAAAAUUAACUUCAUUUAAAAUGUCAUUAAAAUCGUCUCGUGUGACAAUAACUAAAGCAUCUUCCCCUCCCCUCCACCCCGGGACUAGAGGGUAAUGAUAAUUGUACUUCAAAUAAGAAACUACUGCCGAUAUACCCAGUAUUUGAAACAGAGAAGUGCAAAAUUUUGAGUUAUCACGCUUUUGUUUCUAAGCGACGCCUGCAAUUAUUUUGUUGUUUAGUAGGUAUACUACACUUUGCGAACAAACGAAUUUUACCCGUAUUUAUCAUUUUAUUUUAACGUUUAACUUAUUACCGCGGUGCGCCGCCGUAACAUGCAACGCCACGAUGAUAUUUGAAUAAAUUCUGAAUAAUUUACGAAAUACUUACGUAUUACACCUAUACUCCCCCCCCUCCCUCGUAAAAAGUUGAACAUAAUAAUUUGCACCUGUUUUGAGACGCGGCCGCUGUUCAGUCGGCGCGUAAUAUGAUAUUAUUAAACGAAUAUUAUAACAUUAUUUUAACGUUAAACUCAUUGCAUUCAAAAAGCGAUUCUCGGGACGAAAUUCAAUUCCCGUUCUCUUAUACAUAAUAAUAUCAUUACUAUUAUACUGUAAUAUUUCAACCGGCCGUUAUUAAUAAAUAAUAAGCCAUCGAACUGGAAAAUACAAAAAACGAAUACCCUAUAAAAACUUGUACGUUUAAAAAAUAUAAGGGCAACUAUCCUGUAUAAAUCAUAAGUUUGCGCAUCGCCUACGAAAACUUUUCGGACGUGCAUUUACGAUAAAUAUAGACGCGAAAUCGACGCGCGGACACUGUGCAGCGGGGAGACACUGGCGUAAUUUGUUUUUUUUUUUUAAAAAUCGCGGAAGAGAAGAAAUAAAAACAAUUCUGAAUCGCUCUAAACAUAUUAUUAUACGAGUAUGUAAUUUAGUUUGAUAGUUUGACGUGAUGUCAAAAGUAAAUUGGAAGUUGAAAGAAAUCAAUUUAUUUCCAACAAUCUAAUUUUGUUGUAAUUAUUAUUUUAAUACUUUUUUACUUUUUCUUCUCGACUUCAGCCGGGUUGCACCAAGCCGCAGAAUAAUUUGCGGCAUAUUCGUAAGAAAACCGGUUUUAGUAUUAUUUUUUAUAAUUUUAAUAAGUGAUUACAAUUUUAUAACAGCGCCAAAAAGAUUUCUACAAAAUAAAUGCAAGAAAAAAAAAUCGUUUCGAAAACAAUGCAUUUCGAUAAUUAUUAAUGUGGUUGACGGUGUGUGUGUAUUUCUACGAUCCGUGAAUGUUUUUCGGUAGUGAUUUUAUACUAUUUUAAGGCGAAAUGUCAUAUUUCAUUUUGUUUGUCACAAAAAUAUUACAUUUUAAUUGUAUACAGGUAUGUAUACUGUAUGGUAUACAGGAGACGUUGGUAACUAUAACAACAAAUCAAUUUUGAUUUAUGUCCAUAUAAUUUAUUAAUAACAUUAUCAAUUUUCAAGUAUUAGACAUAAACGUACACUAAUAAUAAUAUUGUAAAUCAGAGCAAUUUUGCUGGUAGAAAAGUUGUUCACAGAAAAAUAAAUGCUGUAAUAUUUUAUCAACUAUAGUACCUAGGUAUAUAUCGUACAUUUUCUCGUUUUCCUUCGUUUUUUCUGAUUUAUUGGGAAACAGAAUACAAGAAUAUGCACAGAAGUAGAGUAAAUAGAACAGUUCUGGAUCCCCUAAUCUAGAUCUACCUAAUCCAGUUACACAUCCCGCACAUCGUAUGGGUAAGAAAGUAGGAUAGUUAUGCUUACGAGGGGACCUAGAAUCACUCUUUUACCCUAAUCGUAGUGUGAUAAAUUAUAGGAAGUUAUAAUUUUGUCUAUUUCCGUGAUGUACUGCAUAGUAAAUUAAACUUGUAUGCGAGAAUAUUAAAAAAAAAAAAGGUAAUAUUUUGGUUUAAAAAAUUUCGUGUUAUAUUCGACAAUUUACUAAAUGUCCAUAUUUAAAUAGGUAAAUCAAUUUAUAGUUUGAAUAUCUAAUUUCAAAAACAUCCAAUUAUCCAGUUAAUAACUGGGUAUACAAACCACGGUGCCAAAUGGCCGAGAGUCGCAAAGUUUUUAAUAGUUCGGCAGCCAAGUCAGGACUACAAACUUUAUCAGUUGUACUAUAUACGUCGUAAAGAUUAAGUUUUCAAAGUUGAUCUCAUGAAUUAAGAAAAUUCUUAUAUUAUGUGACUUAAACCUUAUGUGCGUACUGCAUGUGUAUUCAUUAUAUUAUAGUUAUUUUUAACUAGUUUUAUACGACACAAUCACUAUUAAUAAAAUAUUAAUAUAAUAUAAAGAAGAUAAAAUAAUUGGAAAACGAUUAAAUACGUAUUUAAAAAAGGAAAAUGUAAAGAAAUUCUAAACGGGCUCCAUAUGAUUCAUAACACUUUAUGGACAGAAUUAUUAUACGCGGAUUUUUGUGCAAAAAAAAAAUCAAAAUAUAUAAAUAUUUAUAAUGUUAUUUUUGCCAUAAUAUGUAAUAAAAAACGUAAAAUAUUUAACAUCAAAAUGUAUAUUUAAAAUUUUUAUCAUAUUAUAAAAUUCUGUAGAUAUAGGUUUCUUACAUAAAUUGUUUUUAUGUUAUUUAUUCAUCUUAAUUGUUUUAUUAUUGGAAACAACAUACAUUUGGAGAUUUAAAUGAAUGACGAUUAAGAAUCAAAAUUGACUUGUAGAAGCUGAAGAAACUUUUAAGGAAAUUGUUUAGGGUUUUAUAGGACAUUUUAUUCCCAGCCCUAGUCAUUACUAUAAUUUUAGUAAUGCCCCUCUCAGACUCAUUGUCUGGAUUCAACACUAGGUGGUGUAAAUUAAAUUUUCAUUGAUGCGUUAUCAUUUUUAUUUAGAAGAAUAUUUCUAAUUGCUUUUAUGGUUUUAAAAAUAACAUUUUCGAAGAGUAAGUAAUUUUAUUUAUUUUAGAUUCUGAGUGAAGCGAAGAAUGUAUUGGUUUUACAAUAUACAUUAUUUAUUUUCGUGUAGAAAUUCAUUUUUUUAAAUUCUCUUUCUCAUUUCAUCACCAGAAAAAAUUGGUUCUUAAAGUUAAAAAAAAUAAAUGAAGGAUUGAAAAUAAAUUUUUCAUUAGCAACCGUUUUUAUUUAUUUUUAGAUAAUAAGUUGAACGAGUAAUUUAUUGGUUUUACAAUGAUGUUUAUUAUUUAUUUUUUUUUUUUGAGACAACUUUUCUACUAGCAAUGUCGCUCUGAUUUACAAUGUUAGCACUUUUUCUGAAAGGAAAUUUGACUGGAGAGUUAAUAUAAGAAGGUCAUCUUUUGAUUUUUCCAUGAGUCUUCUCAAUAAAUCAGAAAAACCUGGGAAAAAUGGGAAAAUAGGUAAAAUAUAAGUUCAAAUAUUAUUAAAGAAAAAACAUAAUGCAUAUGUAAUUAAUUUACAUAUGAUAUAUAAUAAUAUAUAAUAUGACAUAUAUAUUAUACAUUUUACAGACGAACACUAUCAACCGAACUCCAAUCAAAAUGGUUUUUUCGUUAGCAAUGACUAAUCGUUGCGUACAUACAUACAUUAAAUGUCCCCUCUACUACCAUUUCAAUAUGUCACCUACAACAGUGCCCACCCCCCUCAUGGUGCAAAGCAUGGUCGUCCGGUUUUUGUUAUUAUUAUACAAUAUAAUAAUUGUUAGCUUUUGUCAAUAUUUCUGUUAAACUUAACACAUACCCACAUAUAUAUACAAAAUAUUUACAGAAUAUACUUAUUGAUAAAAUAUUUUAAAAUAUAUAAAAAUAGGUAUGUAGAGUAAAAUAUCUUAUAUUAUUCAGAGUAUUACGAAACGUGCUUAUUUUUAUAUCGGUAUUAAUAAAUUUGCAUUCAAUUAAAUGUAUGUAUUUGUAUAAAAGUCCGUGCUCUAAAUAUUAUUAUCGUCAUCAAUUUUCAUUUCAUUUGAUUUGGUUAAUGAGUACGUGUCAUGAAAAAACGAAUAAUAAUCUGCUAUUUAAGUUUCUAGAAAAUAAAUUAUAUUAUGCACUAACUCUAGUCUACUUGGUCAAAAAUAUUUUUAUUUUUUUUGUUUUUUUUUACACAAAUAAAACUUAAAUUGAAUUUAAUGAAUUUGUGUUACCCGAAGUAAAUUAUAAUACAAAAAUUACGUACAUAAUCUAAUGUAGUUUACCGAGUUAUGAAAACUUCGAAACUAAUAAAAAAAAAUAACCACUUCGGCUUAUAUUUAUUUCACGAAGUUAGUUCAAAUUUGAUAUAACUGGUUCGAACCGUCAGACUUUUAUACGAAAUAUUAUAUUAAAUUUUUUUCGUUUCAAAGGUUUUCUACUUAGACUUCUCGAACAUGGCGCUGACCAAUUUCCCGAUGGAAGUCAUGUAUAUGACCGAUUGUAAAAAACUCAAUUUGUCCUCGAACAGCAUCCGGUUAAUGCAUGGAUCUUCCUUGUGGGCACUGAGGGACCUCGAAGAGCUUGUAUUGAGCAACAAUUCUAUAGCGAAUAUUGCUUUAAUCAGCCCAGGAACGCUGUUGAACUACAACAAUAAUAUCAAGGUAAAAACUAAGUCUUUGAGCAUUUUAUUAUUGUCGUCUAAAUAGCAAACACAUAAUAUAUUUAUAUAAAUUCUGUAAAACACAAAGAAAAAUAAGUGGUCUCGAGCAGAAGCGUAUGUGUAUAGGAUUGUCCUGAUGGAUAGGGGGGGGGGUUAUACAAAAUAAACAUUUAUUUAAAUAAACUCGAUUUUUGUACAAGAAUUUUUAAACAACGAGUAAAAUAAUAUUAAUACACUAUUUUAUCAAUGGGUUCAUAAUCAUAAAAAUAAUUAAACACUUUUUUUUUCAAGUAUAAAGUGUCAUCACCUAUCUGAUUAACUUUUUUACAAGACAACAAAGCUAACUUUAGCUCUAUAACACACGGUAGUUUAUGAGUACCCCCGAUCUUAGCUUUCUUGGUUUUAUUUAUUUUAGAAUUAUAGAAUUUUUGGUCUUUGGCUACAUAAAAAUGCUCAGUGUAAUAGCCUUGAAAGUGUUCUCUAGAGGUACUUAUUAAUAACUAGGGCAGUUGUAGUAGUAACACUAUGCUAUCAUUAAAUUUUUUCUAAGAUUAGAAAUUUUUUUUAAAUUUGCUUUUUUUCUAAACAACUCACGUUACUCAUUCGAUCUCUACAUAAAUAUUAUUACUAUUUUUUUUUAUUUUUUUUGACAAUUUGCCAUUUUUAUUGUUUAUAAAAUAAUAAAAUAAAUUGGUGAAAAUACACAUACUAUAAGAUAAAUCAACCAAGUGUGGGCUAUAGUCACACAACGUCUGACCUGAGGGUUAGACAUUGUAUCUGGUGCAGUCGUGGGAUGCAAACAUAGUGCAGUGUCGUGGGACGAGAUUGAACAACAAAAUCCAAGCAACAAAAGUACUUAUUAGAUAAAGGUUAGGAAAAUGUCUAAUCUCUACAAUUAUAAUUGUGUAUUACUUACCGAUGAUUAUUAUCGAUACAAUUUAAAUUUAUAUACUGAUUAUGUCAAUCACCCUUAUUUAUUUUUUUUUUUUUUUGUGUAAAUAUGUAUCUUUAAAACCUAGAUAAUGCAAUUAUUAAUAUUAAUUUUUUUUAAUUAUAAAUAAUGUUACAAUUAUAAAUAAUGUUACUGUUGUUAUCAACAGUAAAAAUCACUAUAUAUUUAUGAAAGCAAAAUUGGACGAUUUUCAAUCCUUAAAAAUGGGAUCUAUUAUCCAAUAAUAAUAGUGGUGGCGCUCAGGGAUAUUUAAAGCAGCCUCAAAUAAACGAUAUCACCGAAUUGAGGCUACUCCACUAAAAAUCAAUAAGAUGAUUAUUGCACCUACCUCUAUUUAUUUUAUUCAAUCUUUUAUUUAUAUUAUGUAUACAUUUUGGACGUUAUGCCUUCUUAUGACAUAUGCUUUUGGCAUAGACCACUCUUGCAAAGCUCUGAAACCAAGGCUCUGAUUUUGAUUAUUUCCAGGUGCUGAAUCUGUCGAACAAUCCAAUGAUUGUACUUAGCCAGGAUCAUGAUUCGAUACUGUACAGUGAUUUUCUGGAGAUACUUGACCUAAGCUGGUGCCGAAUCGAGUCGCUAGUCGGACCCGAGGUGCUCAGUGGACUCAAAAGGCUCAAGUACCUUGACUUGUCGCACAACCCGCUUAAGCGGUUAGAUCAACUGUACACGAAGACACUGCAAAUAUUGAACGUCCGUGGCUGCCUGCUGAACCACAUCAAUAAUAGUGCCCUGGUCGGCUUAAAAUCACUGAAUGUUUUGGACAUCAGUCAAAACGAAUACCUGGACAUGGACUAUAACAACAUAAUACGAACGUCCAUGCUCGAGACGCUCGACGCGUCCAAGUGCUCGGUCCUUAGGCCCAAAUUGGAUGGCAUGACCAACCUCAAGGGAGCGUUUUUCAACGGCAACCGGAUCCGUGAACUCACCGCCUAUCAGUUUGCCAACAGUACCAAACUGAUCACUCUGGAUCUGUCAAAAAAUCACUUGGAAAUCGUACGUAUAGUGACAAUGCCCGGUAACAGGGUAUUUGAUCGAAAGCCAUACUGUGGAUAUAGAUCAAGUAAUCGAAUUCUAAUUUCGAAUAGUUUUUUGGUCAAAAACUAAUAAUAUAUAAAUAGCUUUGGCGAUUACCCGACAUAAUAUAAUAUUAAAUUUGUACAAGAAUUUUAAAGAAACAUAUCUCAAUAUUUAAAUUUAAAUUUUACAUAAUAUUUGUGUCAAAUUAUUUCACAUAAACGAAAAUUUUAAUUUUCUAUACCUAAUGUAAUUUUUGAUCACUCAAACGUUCGAUAAAACAUUUUUUCGACCGCUUGAAUUAUUUUCAAUUUCCGAUAUUUUUUAUAAUAUGCUUUUACAGGUACAUCACUUUGCGUUUUUCGGUAUGACUUCGCUGCUCUUCUUGGACUUGUCGUCGAACAAAAUCGUGGACAUCUCGUGGGACUUCAUGAUAGAGACCAACAUGCCACCGUUGGAAAUUUUAAACCUGUCGCACAACCAGGUAUCCACGAUCGGCAUUUUGAAAUCGAGCACUCUUCAGCAACUGGAUCUCAGCCAUUGUUUGAUCAACCAGAUUCCCCGUGAUGCCAUCUUGCGUCUCGACCGUCUCACCAAGCUUAAUCUGUCCUUCAACCCGCUGCAGACGCUGUCACUUGGCAGUCUUAACUCAUCCCUCCUGUCCUUGUUGGAUCUCAGUUACUGUCGGAUAUCGCGUCUAUCGUACGAGUUUGUCAACUCGGUCAGCCUCAGUGAUGUGCGGUUGACCGGAAACCGUCUGGUUGCGUUGAAAAGCGGUACGUUCGCCAAGUGUCCCAACCUCAAAUACGUCUAUUUGGACGACAACCCAUGGAGGUGCGACUGUUUCACUGUUGACUUUGAGUACAUGGCUUCGUUGAUCGAAAAAACCAACGAGAACUUCCAGGUCAAAAAGUUAGUGCACUCCACUCUAUAUCACUCCGUAUUAGCAAAUUUGCAGCGUAAUUUUGUGCUGCAUUAGAUUAGAUAAUAUUACGAUUAAAAACCAAUUUUAGAGAUUUUAAUAUUUAGAGAAGGUAUUGCAUACAAAUAUUAGUAUAUUCUAAAAUUCGAUAAACAUAACUACAACAAUGAAGUACAAUAGGUUUAGGUUGAACAUUAUUAUAUUUUUGUCAUAUUAUAAAAUGCCAUGAUUUUAUUUUAAUAAAUUGAUAACAUUUCAAAAAUAAUAUUGGUCAACACUUUAUUAUAACGGUUACAAUUUGAUAUUUUAUAUGCGCUGUCAUUUUUUUAUUCAUUUUUUUUGGUUUAUAGUUUAUUAUGAUACCCCAUACAAUCUUAUAUUUUCCAAUUACCGUUACUAAAAGCAGUUAUAAUUACACAUGAUAUUAACAAACAGCCAAAAUCAUUUAAACACCUACAUUUAAAAUAAAUUAGAGCCGAAAUUGAUGGGUAUGCCACUGCUGUAGGUGUGAAGUUGGGAAGGUAAGAUACAUAGAAUUAUUUUAUUUAUAUCUGUAUGCAACGAUAAAUCAUUGCUAAGGGAAAACGAUUCUGAGCGGAGUACGGUUAAGCAAUUUUUUAAAACAAAUCACACUGAAACACAUAUUAAUUCGUGAAUCGUGUAGUAAAACAGCAGAACUACCCGAAUUACCGUCACGGUUACCAAUUUCUAUAUUUUACCAGAACAAUUAAAAUUUUUUUUAAUCAGUUAACAAUUUAUUUUUUUAUUUUAAUCAAACACGUCUUAUUGUCCGUAUUCCUUUUUGUUGUGAGUUUCAAGCAAAUUGUUAAAAUACUCUUACGUUUAAUGUGUCGAUGCCGAUUAGGUUUUUUCUCUUAUAAUCUUUUGUCGUAUUUAUUUCUAUUCUUUAUGAACCGAAUUCGUGUAAUAAUUUUGGUUAUAAAAAAAAAAAUAUCAUAAAGAUCAUCACAGGAGUCUUGUUUUUUUGUUUUUUUUUUCUAAAAUUAUAUAGAUACUACACCAGUUUUCUUCGACCGGAACACAAUAUUAUUCCACCAUUCUUUAAAACUAUUAUGCAUCACAUUGUCUAUAUUAUACAUAUUAUAUUUAUACUCGUCGAAAUAAUUAUCUUCAUCCGCAUUCCGGUCAUUUUGUUUUUAAUUAUUUUGCAAAACAAAUGUUAAGCUUUUUUUGAACGUCACGCCGUACUGUAUUUGUAUUAUAAGUUUGUUUUUUUUGUUUUACUCACGUAUAAAAAAUAUGGCUUUAUCGAGAUUAAAAUGAGACUGUAUUCUCAAAAUGGGACGAAUAGCGUCCGGUUCGAAGUUAAUCGGGAUAACGAGACAUGAAGUUCAAAAAGGGGACUAUCUCGUUUAAAACGGGACGUAUGGUCACACUAAACUAAUUAUAACGACCAAAAUAUUAUGUUAAACACUGAAACUUACAAUGUAACUGGUACAAUAUCGUUUCGGGUAAUGCAAUUUAUUUGUGCGCUUUUAUCCCAUUAUACUAAUAUAUAAUCGGCUGUCGGGAAAAUAAUAGACGAUUCGCGUUUUUCUUUUUUUGAUAUCAUCACAUUCCUCGCUACACGCUCAGAAUAUAAAAUUACGUUUAGAUUUUAAGAAAAAUUACUCACAUAUAAAUUGUUUUUGGAUAUCAGUCCGCACUUCGUUAUUUUUUGUAAACGUUUUUUGUUUUUUAAUUCUUUCAGUUUCGACUACCGGGAACCGGUGUGCUUGAGCCCGGACAACGUGACCGGCUUGCCGUGGAACGUGGCGUGCAACAGCUCAGCGUACCUACUCAGCCGGGCGUUAAUCCGAAAAAACAUCUCAAUCGCGCUCGGCGUGGUACUGAUCCUUUGCGUAUCCUCCGUGGUGGUCGUAUUCGUGGCCGCCCACGAGAACAUGAGGACCCGGCAGGCGGUCUGCACGCAGAUACAGGGCCUGGACGACUACGAAGACGGCGAUCAUCACCAGGACUCCGAGUGGACGGACGGCGGCGGCAGCGGCAGACGGACUGCCGCGCACGACGAGUACGAGGCCGCGGCCUCGUCGGUCGCUAAGUUGUCGCAAUUGCCGACGUACGAAGAGGCAUGCAUGCUGUACAAGAAAUCUGUCCCGGCCCGCGUCAAGCGACACAGUUGCACGCAGACGGCCGACGUAUGCGUACCGGCCGCCGUCAACGACGUAGCGGCCACGGCGACGGACCGUUUGCUCCGGGACUACGACGACGACGACGACGAGAUGGCCGCCGACCCGGACAGUCACGGAGGCAGCAAUCGGUUGCCGUCCCAGUCGACGACGAUACCGGCCAAACAUCGCGUGACCCAAGUCUGAUAACCAAUAACGAAAUCGUUGACGGAACUCCGGACAAAAAUACCGUAUCAUAUCAUGCGUUCGGACACAUGCAUUCAUUUUUUUUUUGGCGAAUGAUGUUCCUGUAAAAAAAUCAAAACUGACGCUAGAAAUCGCGCGCAGAAAAAAAAAGGAAAAAAAAAAGAAAGGUCACAGCAGGUCUAGUUGUCGCCCGCCACUUGUAUCUCUUUGUAUAUAUUACACUAUCGUAAAUUAUAUCGUAUUAAUUAUAAUCACUCAGCAGUAAACCGCUGCCACCAUAACUUUUUGGGUCUCGUAAGUGAAGCUCGCGCACUAAAUGUUGAGAGGCUGUGCUAAAUGGGGUGAUAAGAAACGAAGAGGGACUAAGAGGAACGUCCUAGAUUCUUAUUCGGCAGAGUUUUUAUGGGACGAAGUAAAUUAAACGGGCGCGAUCUGUUUGACGAAAUGCUAAAGGAUAUAGCAGAAUUUUAGCCACCUGCAUAAUUUCAAUAUUUGUUUUUUUUUUUUUAAACACCUAAGUAUUUUUUUGUAUUAAUUUUUUACGAUUUGUUUAUUUAUAUAUAUAAUUUAUCUAUUUUUAUUUUGGCCACCUGUAUUUUGUAUUUAUUGUGUAGUGGAGUUCGGGAGAUCAGUACCAAAAGAAUUAACGUAUUUAAGUCAUAAUCGUAUUCUUUAUAACUUCUCUCCACCCUCGCGAUUAUUUCCUAUCCCCCUAUGCCGAUCAUCAUAAAUCAUAAUAAUAAUGACAAUAACAUUAUUGAAUUGGCUCCUGAACCCGUGCAUUCGAUGUUUUUACCAUUCUAACUGGCCCCGCCGGUUGGCACGCUCGGCAUUUAUCCCGUAAAUACGUUGGUUACAAUAUUAUGUUUUCGCGUACGUAUAUUUCUAAAAUGGUUAGGAAAGCUCUUUGAUCGUGCCGAGUUCCCGGGUUUCUAUAAACGUAUUCGAAACGACAAUUCGAUAGAUAUGUCUACAAUUUUGUAUACAUUUGAUAACCCGGUAUAUUGUACUUAUGUGACCGAAAUAAAUUAAAUAAGUAUCUUAAUUUGUAAAUAGUUCGAAUAGUUGACGGGACAUUUUUAAAACUUUUUAAGUAUACUUAUAUUUUGGUACCUAUUUAUUUUUAUUGUAAUUAUUAUUUUCUUUUAUGUAAUUGACUAGAAUGAAUUCAUAUAUCAUGCGGUGUUGAGACCCAGAUACGCGCGUAAAAUAUAUCUAAUAUCAUCUUUAGGUACAUAAAGAUAAUACAUAUAUUUUUAACUAUUUCAAAUAAAAUAACAGAUAUGAGACUAGUCUAGAUUAUCUAGAAUAUAAAUUAUAAAAAUUGUAUGAUGUUAAUAACACAUUUUAGCGGGGAGUACGAAAGUUGAAACGGUUAAAAUAAUGCAAACUGUAUAAAUCAUUAACCAGUAAUUUCGGACGGACGGACAGACACAACGGAGAUAUAAUUUGAUGUUAAAUGCUUGUUUUUUUUUUUUUCAUUAAAUCUAGAAACUAUAAUCAAACCAUACAAAAUAAUUAAAAAAUCGAUUUUUAAAUGAGUACCUACAAUUAUACCUUCUACACGGUUUGUUGUAAUAUUGACAUCCGAAUAUUAUAGGCACGUCAGUAUCAAAUUAUAAUUCUCAAUUUGAUAGCCUAAAAAUUAUAUUUUGUUUCGAAUAUUUUUUCUAUAAUAUGUUAGAUGAUUUGUUUUUCUAUUAGAGCUCUAUGUUUGUUGCGGAGCACACGUCGCCUCAAAACGGCCCUUUUCAGGGCCAAUACAUUUUCGUCUGUCGGUACAACCGACGACAGUAGGUGUCGGUAAUAAAAGGUAGUGGCGGGAUAAAACCAUACAUCGGCUACCACUAGUCACCGUGCACUGUCUCAUGUUAUUUAAUAGAAAUUCAGCUCAGCUCGAACACCAUAAAAUAAAUGUCUAUUCUAUGAAGUUUGGACGCGGUAUAUAAUAUUUUACUGUUAAUAUCGUUAAAUGUAUACUUUUUGUGUUUAAAAACUGGUUUUGUACUAUUAGUUUUAAUAUUAGAGUGUAUUAUUAGCUUAUUAUAGAAAGUAAGAACAUUGUUUUUGUACGCGGUUUUUUUUUUUCUUUAUUUUAAUUUUCGAUGGGAAAAUGUCGAUGAAAGAAUUUACAUAAUAUCGUAGGCCAACUCAAUGAUCACCAUUGAUUACAUCCGUGGCCCGAAGUAGCGUAACCCCCUCCCCUUUUAAACUGGACUCGCGGUUUUCUAAAGACGAAAUAUUAUGUAUUCUACGAGAACCAUUUAAAACAAUAUGUCUCCAAAAUGAUACAUACCGAAAAUAUUUUCCAUUUUUACAAUACAUGUAAUCUCAUUUUGCAUUUUUUUUUUUCAAAUGCUUAAAUUAUGCUACACUAUUAUGUUUACAAAAUAUUAAAACGAGCCCCUCCAAAAUUAUGUAGAACAAUAUUAUUCAUCCCUGUCGUUCGAAAAGUAACCAGGUGACAAAAAAAACACGUUUACGUGUCUUAUUUCAUCACUAAAGAUCGUUUAUGAACCAUUUGACAUAAAAUUGUUGAUUAAAACCAAAAUUGAAUAAUACGUAAAUCUGAAUUUAAAAUUUAAAAUUUUCAAAUAAUUUAAUCACUUUUCGAACGACAAAAACGAAUUGUUCAUAUUUUAUUUAUUUAUUCCUUUUUGUAUUCAAAAACCGACUUCUUUUGCAAUGGUUUUGCUUAUACUAUGUUGUAGUUAGUAG